ACAUGAUAGUUAAUAAUUUUCGCAUUCGCCUCCUACGUGGAAAGCGAAAUCGGAAUUUCAUAAAAUUAUCGACCUCUUUCGUAAGAAGUCUUUUAGAUAAACGUACUUUAUUACAAAAUUAGAAGAGAAAAAGAAAAACAGCUGAGAAACGGAAACGGAAAUUAUUGACUGUUCAAUCUCGCAUGAUUGAUACAAGAAACUCGGCUUAAGUAACAUUUAAUUCAGGAAUUAGAAGAUAUGUUUUAAAUAAAUGCAGAACGAACAACAGCUAGGAAAUCUCAUAGAUUCUGAUUCCGCUCUGGAUGUCGGUUUUGCCUCAUAUGAUCACUUAGCAGGAUCAGCGGAUUCAUCACAGGAAUAUACUCGUUUGCUAGGAGAGGAAACUGAUGAAAAUUCUUUUCCUGAUGAUCCUAAAUUUUCUACAAUAAUACAAGAUGUUGAAUUAGCUAUUUGUCAUUGUAUUUAUCCAGAAAGGAUAUAUCAAGGUUCUUCUGGCAGCUAUUUUGUUAAGAAUAGUAAACGGGACAUUAUAGGAGUAUUUAAGCCAAAAGAUGAAGAACCGUACGGUCAUUUGAAUCCAAAAUGGACAAAAUGGUUACAUAAAAUGUGCUGUCCAUGCUGUUUUGGAAGAUCAUGCUUGAUUCCCAAUCAAGGUUAUAUGUCCGAAGCGGGCGCUAGUCUUGUUGAUGAAAAAUUACAGUUAAAUGUCGUGCCAAAGACAAGAGUAGUCAAAUUAGCUAGCGAAACGUUCAAUUACACUGCUGUUGAUAGGGUUAAAGCAAGAACGAAAAAGAGUAUCGCCGAAAGUAUACCCGAAAUAGGUCGAAGGUUUAAUAGAUUAGGCCUAAGACCAAAAGUAGGAUCAUUUCAAUUAUUCGUAAAAGGCUACAAAGACGCUGAUUUUUGGUUAAGGAAAUUUGAGGACGAAGGAAUGCCCGAAAACAUUUCACAAGACUUUCAACAACAAUUCGAAAGAUUAGUUGUUUUGGAUUAUAUUAUUAGAAAUACUGACAGAGGCAACGAUAAUUGGUUAAUUAGAUAUGACAAGCCGGAAGGAGAAGAAGAAAACGAAGGAGAUUUCGAAGUAGUGAAGAAACCCGAAAUAAAGAUUGCAGCUAUUGAUAAUGGAUUAGCCUUUCCUUUCAAACAUCCAGAUGAGUGGAGAGCUUAUCCAUACUAUUGGGCUUGGUUACCUCAAGCUAAAAAGCCAUUCUCGGAGGAAACAAAGGAUUUGGUUCUUCCGCUGAUUUCCGAUAGGACUUUCAUCGAUGAGUUAGUUGAAGAAUUAUACGUUCUUUUUCAAAGUGACAAAGGUUUUGAUACGAGACUGUUUGAAAAGCAAAUGAAUGUUAUGAGAGGACAGAUAGUUAAUUUAAUUGAUGCUCUGAAGAGUAAUAAAACACCUCUACAGUUGGUUCAAAUGCCAGUUCAGGUUGUUAUCGUUGAAAGAACUAGACGAAAUAGAAGGCCAAACUUUUCAUCCAGCGCGGAAAGUGGAGCGAGACUUUCACAACACUUCUUUAAAGCGCCGUUUUUUUCAUGGUGCUGAAAUUUUUUAAGGAAAACGAAUGAAAAGUUUUAAAAAUUUGGUUCAAUGUGAUUUAUUUUUGUUCAAUUGAAUUCACAGACCUAUCAUGCUUAAGCUAAAAUAAACCUUGAAAAUUAUUCCAUAUUUUAAUAUUUUGAAAAAGUUUUAAAUGUUUUAUUGUCUUUAUUAUAUCUAUUUGUCGAACAAUGAAUGGAACUUUGAUAUUUUAUAAGAAAUCAGUGUUUAACAAAUCAAAACACUGUCUCUUUUUUUUUGGCGGUGACACAAACAAAAUAUUUAAAUAUUUCUAAAGAAUCACAAUAUAAAAUAAAAU